AUGGCAUUUUUACUUUCAGCAUGGUUGCCCACUUUUAGGACCUAUUUUUCCCUGUUUUCCACGAUAGUGUGGCAAGUGAUGGAGGGUAUGCUUCUGGAUGCUGUUAGUAAAAGUAUGGUGGCAGAAGGCGCGAAGUUGGUACCGAAAUAUGGAGUCCGCAAUUCUGCACUCAUGUCCUUGUCAGUGAAUGCGUUGAAAGGCAAUCCCACAUAUGACAAGGCGCGGACGCUGGGCAACAGAGAGUUAUCUCGUCUGUUUCCGAGGGGAUUUUCGAUCGCUGUGGUUGAGCACAUCGUUGCAAGCAGCAACCAAACCGCUCAUUUGAGACUUGAGGAGUGCUUUAGUAAAUAUGCUAUUCUCUCCACGGUUGCGAAGAACAGUGAUACAUACCAACUAGGAUGCUAUAAACCUCCGGGCGUGCGUGAGGUUGUUAGCGAGGCUAUGGACUCAAAGUUCAGUGCUCUGCUACCUUAUUGCGAACACUGGGCGGAGGCGGUUGCGCUGGAGUGCUUGCCUUCUAAUACUCCGUUUGCCGCCAAGCUGGCUCUGGAAUUUAUUGAUACUACCUGUUACUAUGCGGAGCGGAUGAGAAGUUUAGGGUCAGUCGUAGAAGCAGGCAAUAUACUACUACAGUCUCGUAUUUCUGAUCCCUUUGCCGCUGAGCCGCAUUCGAUCGGUGUGUCAGGGGGUGUAAAAAAAGGUGAAAAGAACGAUGCGUUCUGGCAGAAAUUUGCCACUACUGUACCUUUGUCCAGUGGACCGCAUGCUAGUCACGGUAUGCUUGGAUAUGAGUGGUAUAUACUGCGUAUGAAGGUUGGUGCGAUACUGAGCUUGGGCAUGCUCUCUUUUAUGGGUGAAAAAUCGCGUUCUCGUUUGGAGACUAAGUCGAUGGUGCGGUCGAUAAUUUGUGGAAUACUGUGA